AUGACGGUCAAUUACACGUUCGCGACCCUGUUGGAAAAGAUGCAGAAUUCCGACAGGGAUAUUCGUUUCAUGGCAACUACAGAUCUCCUCCUCGAAUUGCAAAAAGACUCGUUCAAACUCGACGAUGACAGCGAAAGAAAGCUGAUUUCGGCGAUUAUCAAAGUCCUCCAAGAUUCCUCAGGCGAAGUUCAAAAUCUGGCUGUGAAGUGUGUCCAGCGCGCGGUCGAGCGAUGCAAGGAAAAGUCCCAGGACCUGAUCAUCAUGGAACUGACACGAAUGACGACAGUUCCAAACAGCUCAAAAGACGAGCGGAUCAGAGAGAUUGCCUCUUUGGGACUCAAAUCGGCGGUACAAUCGCUCUCUACUUCCUCGCCAAUCGGACGAAAGGUUGCCACGAGUUUAAUAAAUACCCUUUGCGAGCGAGGGAACAACGUUGCAGUGAUUACCGAUGCUCUCGAUGUCCUAGCGACUCUCAUCGCCAAGCAAGCUCAUCAUCUUCAAGCUCUCGGUGAGCCAGCUGCAAAUGCUGCUCUAGAAUACCUCGGACAUGAUCGUCAGCCAGUUAGAAAACGAGCAAUCAACAGUUUAUCAAAGAUAAUCGAAACGUCCGGUCCAGCGCUCCAAGAAAGCGUCCUGUCCCGCGUUAUCGAACUUCUAGCGCGAGGCAGUGGACUGAAGCCAGAUUUACUUAAGUCCGUUCUACAAGCUUUAGGAACACUUACGACGACGCGUUCGACGCAACAGCUGAAAAGUAUUAUAGGCAUCGUUUUCAAAAUUGCAGAAGACGACGAUGACGAGCUCCGAGAGUCGGCCCUUGCUGCCCUCGAAGCGGUUUUAAGAAAAGCACCAGGCGCGAUUAAUAAUCUUGAACAGCUGAUGGAGAUCUUGACGAAGGCGAUCCAGCACGACCCGAACUACUGCGAGGAAUUUGACGACGAUGACGAGGAGGAGGAAGAAGAAGACGACGAGGACCAAGAAGACUACUCUGACGACGAAGAUGUGUCUUGGAAGGUUCGCAGAAGCGCUGCCAAGGCAUUGAACGCGAUGAUCUCUUCCGUUUCAAACGUGGAUUUGAUCAUGAGUGCCUCGGGGAUGCUCCUUCUCCAGCGAAUGCGAGAACGAGAGGAAUCAGUCCUCAUCGAAAUCAUCAACGCCUUCAACACAUUCGUCACUUUAUCUGGGCCUAAAAUUGACUCCUUCUUCUCCGACCCUUAUUUGUUCUCGACGCAGAUGAGCAGAAAGCUAAACGCGAAGAACAAAAUCGCCAAAUCAAUCGUGUCUACUUUAUCUCUCAUGGUCGAAAAUUGUCCAAAAUACAUUUGCGAAGAGAGCGUCCAACUCCUUCCUAACAUCUGCAAGUUGAUGAAGGAUAACUCGCCAUCAGUCAGACUCGAAGUUCUCUCUUUCUUCGCAAAGUACGCGAAACAAGUCAGCCCUGAAAUCGCCUCCGCAGCGUCGGCUCUUAUAGUUCCGACGCUGGAAAGCGCUAUCCAAGACUCUUUCUAUCGAAUUUCCGCUGAAGGUCUUCGUGUCCUCCUUCUUUUGGUUCAAAAAGACGCCGCUUGUCUGAACUCGCCUACUGUUGCUGCUGCUCUCGAGAAAUUAGAACUGACGGACAUUGAUCAAGACGUCAAAGACUCUGCCAUCCUCUGUGCUGGUGCCCUUCUGUCCAAAAAUCAAAUCCCAUCGAGCUCAACUGAGAAAACGAUCAGACUUCUAGCGGAAAGAAUGUCGAAUGAAAUGACACGCAUGUCAGCGUUGAAAGCUCUCAGCCAAGCGCUUGAAAACAGCCUCAUUUCAUCAUUCAUUCUCAAAUACGUGAGCGAGCAGAUUCUCACCCUUUCAUCCUUUUUGCGAAAGUCAAAUCGGCAAUUGAGGACGCUUUCGCUUGUAUUUCUGAAGAGUCUUGUUUCGAAUGGUUUCCGAAAUGUUGAUCAAGUAUUGCUUGAAGUGCCCGCUUUGAUUACUGAAAGUGAUCUGCAUGUUGCUCAACUCGCGAUAGAGCUGGCCUCGGCUUGCAUCUCUGCUAAAGAGAGGGAAAACGAAGAGAUUACUCAAAAAUGCCUCGAUCUUGUAAAGAGCUCUCUUUUACAGGGCAAGCCACUCAUCGCUUUGGAGCUCUAUCUUUCUCAGCUUGCCAAGUUCUAUCCGAAGAGAUAUAAGCCCACUGUUCGACAGCUUACAGACUCCAUAUACAGCAAUAAGAUUUCGAACCGAAAUGAGAUCGCCAACUCCGCCAAAUGCCUCGCCGCCUUCACUUACAGUUGGGCAUUCAACUCGCAGGACUCUGUCGAGAAAGCUGUGCAGCCAGUUGUUGAGCAGUUUAUGAGCGAUGUCGAGUCAUCAAAGAUUGAGAGUGUCGAGCAGUUUGCACUCCUCGCUCUUGGUGAAAUAGGCAGCAAGGUUCCUCUUGGCGAAACAGUUGUUAAACACCAGCUAAAGCAGUUUUCUCGAGCUUCCGAAAGCGUGAAGAUGUCCGCUGCUAUUGGAAUCGGCCUCGUCACAUCUGGAAAUCUCGCUCAGCUCAUUCCACUGCUGUUAGACACCCUAUCAUCAAGCGAUUCACCCCAAAUUAGCUAUCUCACGCUUGUUUCUAUUCGCGAAGCAACGAAAAACGCGUCAGAUGAUGCUCUACUACCCUUUGCCAAAGACCUAUUCGCUAGAUUGCAGGAGUACUCUGGUGCAUCAGAAGAAGGCUCCAGAAAUGUACUGGCUGAGUGCCUUGGGCGGCUGGUAUCUGUCGAACCAAGCCUAUGUAAUAUUUUACAGGAAAAAUGCAAGAGCGAAGACUUCCGAAUUCGCCAAACUCAACUUGCUACUGCCAAAAACGUCUGUCACUUACAACAACUCGAUAUCAAAGCCUUCCUCGCUCUUCUUUCAGAUCCGACGAUUCCAGUGAUCAAAAGUGCAAUUGCCUUCAUGAACUCGGAAGCACACAACAACGCCGAAGCGCUGAAACGGCAUUUGUCCAAAGAAGUGUUGGAGUCGCUUUAUAAAGAGACGAAGGUGCGACCUGAUUUGAUCAGGGAAGUGAUGAUGGGCCCAUUCAAGCAUAAAAUAGACGACGGUCUUGAAAUCCGCAAGGCUGCGUUUGAAUGUUUGUACUCGUUGCUGGACUCGUGCCACAAGGAGUUAGACAUGUCGAUUUUGCUCGACAACGUCGAAAACGGUUACGAAGACGACUACGAUGUGAAACUCCUCGCCUAUCUCAUUUUACUGCGAGUUAUUCAUCAAUCUCCCGCGUCGCUCUCAACCAGAGUCGUCAAGUUUUGCGAGCAUUCGAAGAAAAUUCUCAAUCUUCGUGUAAAGCAAGACGCUGUAAAGCAGGAGGCUGAGCGAAGCGAAGAGCUUAAACGAGCUGUAGUACGUGUUGUGGCGCGAAUAAGCAAUAACUCCGCCGAUAUUCUUGCCGAUUCAAACAGCACCCGAGCCUACCAAGACACAAUCCGCCUUAUUCAAAAUUUCCCCGAAUUGUCUCAAUUUCUCGAGCAAGAGCGCAAAUCUUCCGAGCAGCUCGUGUUCAGCCUCACCGAGUCCAGCGCCGAGCAAAUGGAAUUCUAA